AUGGCAACCCGCAGGUCUGCCCGGCUGCGAGGCCAGACGCCAGCAACUGAGCCUCUUAACACGAAUAUCACACGCUCUCCGUCCAAGCGCUCAUUGGAGAAAUGUGAAGAAGACCCCUCGAUCGAGACCAAGAAACUCCUUGAUUCGGUCCCCUCUACGCCCAAAACAAACCCCUCCAAAGCCAUAACUACUCCUGUGCUGGCAUCCAAGACCAAAAAUAAAGCAAACCCAAAAACCCCUGAGAACCACAGCGCUGUCAAACCUAGCAUUGGAGAAAUGCAUCCCAGUAAGGUUCAGCAAAGCACAACAAAGCAACCAGAUUCUGGGCUACAGUUGGGAUUCCGACCUAUCCAGGAUAACUCCAAAGGCUCGGCACAGCUUGUCCCUUCUGUAAUCAACACACCGUCAAAACGCAGGGUUUCCAACGGAGACGAACUCGGCAAAAUGGGCUUCGACUUCAAAUUUUCCUGUGGGGAAUCCCAACUCAGCCAAGAGGCGAAGAAAAUUAUGGAAGGACUCCGAGAGGAAGCAGCAAGAAUUAAAUCUAAGAUGGUGAUUGAACAAAAUGCACAAAAGCGUAAAGAUGAGGAGGCUGAAGCCCAGCCCACAAUUCGAAAGAUCGCGAAACCAAAAGGAAUUGCAAGCCGUUAUAGUGCUGCCCACAUGGCUCAAUUUCGAAAGAUGGACUCCAUUGCAGGACACCCUUCGUCCUUCAGAGCUCGAAUUGAAACCGGCGGAACAUCACCGACUAAAUCCCUGAAACGCAAAAGCUCAAAGGCCCAACUUGGCGAAUUGGAGAAAGAAGCCCCGACAAAAACUGGUAUUACACCAGCUUCUAGAGCUAUGUCGACCAGCCAUAUCGCACAACGACGCGAAACUCAAGGAAGCGGUAACACUUCCACCAGGUUACCCCUAUCGGGCGGUGCACAGACUCAGAACAGGACUCCUCCAAGUUCUUCUAUCAGCUUUGAUAAAGCUAAAUUUACUACUCCACAAAAGCCUACCAUUCCUCGCUCUACAAGCGUGAGGCAUCCCCAUACCGUGAAGGCUCCCUCGAUACCACGCACGCCAUCCUGCAAAAGCUUGUUCGCGCCCAAGACCCCUCAAACGGAUCUUAAAUACAAAUCAAAAAUGCCCACACUCAAGUCUAUUCUUCGUCGACCACAGCCCCUUUUCUCAAAUGACCCUGAGAAGAUUGCUGCUGGUACUCACCAGCCCUUACCGCGACCAGAUUUCGACAACAAGUUACUGGGGCUAUCAGAUAACCUUAAACCCUCUAUGUCGGUUACAUCAACUAGGAAGACUGUAGACUUCUCAGCCAGCACAAGGCUUCGUGAUGCUUGCAAUGAUGCAUCCCCAUCUGCGGUUGCUUCCAGAUCCCAGCCCAGUGGCCCCCGGGAGGUUAUUUACCCAACUCUUCCGCCCACUACCCCACCGCAUGAACGGAGAGUUCCUGGUUUUACUUUCAAAAUACAUUCACCCACGGUUCGGGAGGUUACUUCUCCUCAUGCAUCUAGCAAUUUACCAGCGUGCCCAGAACGUUCUCCCAUUCCCCACGGAAUUAUGAACAAAAAGCGACGUCGCGAUGACGUUGAUGAGGAACCUCAGACACCCCGGAAUGACCGCUUCAUCAAACGCCUUAAACAAAACCCAACCACGCCUCCAGCAAUGCAAACCCCUAGUCCCGUCAAGAGGCGCCUACCCGCUAGUGUUACCCCGAGACGUGGCACUCCUAGCAACAAAAUGCAGCGGGGCAAGGGCCUCACCCUUAGCCGGCUGAAUUUCCUUGCAACUCCCAAACUCCGCCGCUAA